AAUAUUUGGUCACACUGAUAACGGCUCACCGAGUUACACACGUGGUUGAAUUUAGUAAAUAAAUAUGUUACGAAAACAAGCCAGGCAAAGAAGGGAAUAUUUAUAUUCUAAGGCACUAAGCGAACGUCUCAAAUCAAAACAAAAGGUUCAGGAUAGUAUCGUUCAAAGUUUAGACCAAAACAAAACGAUUAAUUCACCGAUUGUCACAAAAGGCAUAGAUGUAUAUAGCUCUCUAAAAUACAAUGAUAAAGGAAUUGAAAUCCGCUCUUCAAAUGAUGAAUACGAUCACGCUGGUUGUCAGGAUCCAAAAAUAAUGUUAACGACAUCACAUAACCCCUCAUCGAGACUAAAAAUGUUUAUGAAAGAACUUCGUCUGAUUUUUCCAAAUGCUCAACAAAUGAACAGGGGAAAAUAUCAGUUGACUACGCUUAUGCACGCUUGUCGAGCAAAUAAUGUAACUGAUUUUAUGAUUGUACAUGAGCAUCGAGGCAUACCAGAUAGUCUAGUGGUUUGUCAUCUUCCAUAUGGUCCAACCUCAUUUUUUAAUAUAUCUGAUGUUAUAAUGCGUCAUGAUAUUCCAGAUAUAGGACAUAUGAGUGAGCAGAAGCCCCAUUUGAUCUUUAAUAAUUUCCAAAGUCCUGUUGGAUUAAGAAUUGUUCAAAUACUAAAGCACUUGUUUCCCGUACCGAAAGAAAAAUCCCAACGAAUAAUAUCCUUCUUAAACCAUAAUGAUUCCAUUAUAUUUAGACAUCAUCAGUAUAAAAACAUAAAUAGAGAAUUAAGUCUCAGCGAAAUAGGUCCAAGAUUUGUUCUCAAGUUAUAUCAAAUUAAACUUGGAACACUGGAAAAUAUAAAGGCUGCUGACACGGAAUGGGUUAAUCGCCCAUACUUAAACACUUCAAACAAAAAAAAUAUUAUAUCAAAUGAAUCUGGCUUGAAAAAUUAGAGCACAACAAAAUAUAAAAGAUGUACUAUUAAAUGAAUAAGAUACGAA